AAUACAAUUAAAUAUAAUCUUGAAAUGAAAUUAAAUAUAAUCUUAAACAUAAAUUAAUCCAUUUUCUUGAUAAUUGAUGUGAAUAUAAUUGAUGUGAAUAUAUCUAUUCGAAGUCAACGUGCCGCGGCUUAUUGUGCCCUAACCUCAAAUUUGAGUGAGAUAUAACCUAAAAGAGUUGCGCUACAAGAUUGAAUAAAAGACAUUUAUUGUUAGAAUUUAUCAUGUCAAUCGCGCGACGAGGACAGCAAUGGGGAACAUUCGCCCGUAUCUGGCAUAUAUUCGAUGCAAAAUGGCAAGAUCCAUACAAAAGUGCUGAAGUGAUAAGGCAUUAUCUUAUGGGAAUGUACAAACCGAUUUAUCAUCCAUUGAAUGAUUGUGGAGAUCACGUAGUAGUAAUAAACAGUAAAGACAUUGCUUUACGUGGUGAUGAAUGGCGAAAACGUGUAUACUUUCAUCAUACUACAUAUCAUGGAGGUGCUACUUGGACUCUGGCAUGGGAAUUACAUCACAAGGAUCCCACUAUGAUUGUAGAAAAAGCUGUAUACAGAGCAUUGCCGAAAAAUUUACAACGGAGGCACACUAUGCAAAGAUUACAUAUAUUCCCAGAAGAGAAGAUACCAGAAGAUGUGUUGAAAAAUAUUACUAACCAAAUCAAACAGCUUAGACCUGUCCCUGUAAAACUAGAUCAUAUUCCACAGGAAGAAGUAGACAAUUAUCCGCAACUUUUUAAAAUAUCCUCAAAAUUAUAUUCUUAAAUAACAAAUUUAAUGUAAAUACUAUAUAUAUAGUAAUGUAUUUAAAAUAAUAAUACAUUUAUAUAUUAACGUCAAAGCCUGAUUUUUUAUUUACAUAAGUACAGCCGAUAAACAAUGUAUUGCUUGUGUUUAAUAAGAGAAUCCUAAUUUUAAUCCUAACAUAAUAAUAUAAUUAUAAUACAUCUAAUUAUAUACAAUCUAUUUACAAUUGUGUGCGCGAAAUGUAAAUAUAAAAAUAUGUGUGUGUGUGUGUGUAAAAUUUCACACACACA